CUGUUAACAAUGGUCAUAUAUUAAUCUAUGCAUUGGAUUAAAUAUUAAAAGCUAUACUCAAUAGCUAACAUGUAGCACUGAGCACACCCUAUCCUUUCCAAGUGCCUUUAACAUGCUGCAUGAGUAAACAAUACAAAAUGUAGUUUCUGUCUUUUGAAAGAAACAUGCCCAAUCGUUAGAGUUAGGUUAUUUAAGGUUUCUUGGUUUAAGUUUUUGUGAUGGAGAAGUUACUAAACUCCCCCACAAGAGGGCAGAAUCACUUAUACAAUUCCAGGCUCCCAACACUGGUCCAGGAAAACCUCCUCUCCAAGUAUUUUCUCUGCUCUAACACACAUUAUCUAGGCAAUCAGCUAAUUAACAGCCCUUGCUGAAUCAAAGUGGGAAAACACCAAAACGUCAGUGUGCCACUGACUGCUGAUGGAAUUUAUGGAAAUUGGCUUUUUUGUCUGAAAAAAUAUUCUGUUUUAAAUGAUACCUUCUAGCUGGAUGGUGUUUUUUUUUUUUUUUUUUUAAAAAUAGGAAAUGCUAACGCAUAUCUAUUCCUGUAUUAUUUUACCAAAGGGAAGGCAAAGCCAUCAUUUCCUUUCCACAGCUACGUUGUUUAUCUUAUAGAAUCCAGAGGAUUUCUGCAGUAAUCACUGGGCGGUUUCUAUUACGCUUAAUCAAUAGCGCCAGAUUGUGGUUGUAUAAUAUAACAUAUUUCGAGUGAAGCCAAAUCGGAUGUCUGUUUGAUUAAAAAAGAUGCAAGCAUUAAGGAAAUGUAAACCACAUAUAGGGGGGAAAUCACAUGGAUUUAGCAUAAAUUGAAUGCUGAUUUUCAAAGGAAAAGAAACAAACCUGCGACUGGAGCCCGGAAAAGCCAUGGCUGAGGAUGGUCAAGCCUCCCUUUGUUUUCUUCACCCUUUUGGUCAAGAUAAGGUUUGUCGUGAAGGGUCACUUUGGUCUGGGGGAAAGGACACAAGCAACGCAAGGUUUUAUUUCACUGAAGAUGGGUUCGAUUUCACACCACGAUUUUCAAGGAGGGUGCACUAAAACCGAGAAAGAGGAGGCACAGGGCAUUGAGGAAGACGCGCAGUCGUUCCACGGUGUCGGUGUGUGCAAAUGGUUUAAUGUGCGGAUGGGUUUCGGCUUCUUGUCUAUGAAUCGCCGAGAGGGAGUUCUGCUUGAAGUUCCAGUUGAUGUGUUUGUCCACCAGAGUAAGCUACACAUGGAGGGGUUUAGGAGUCUGAAGGAAGGUGAGGAAGUUGAGUUCAACUUUAAGAAGUCUUCCAAGGGUCUGGAGUCUGUGCGGGUGACAGGGCCUGGAGGAGUGCACUGUAUAGGCAGUGAAAAGAGACCCAAGGGCAAGACUGCUCAGAAACGCCGCUCCAAAGGAGACAGGUGUUACAACUGUGGAGGUUUAGACCACCAUGCAAAAGAGUGCAAGCUGCCUCCUCAGCCAAAAAAGUGUCAUUUCUGCCAAUGUGUUUCACACAUGGUUGCCAACUGCCCAGCCAAAGCCCAGCAGUCCUCGCCGAGUUCUCAGGAAACACCUUUCUCUUUGAAGGAAAAGGAAGAAAUGGAUAAUUAUUCCCCUCCACUUACCGAGAUCAUCAAUUGAGGCAAAAGUGCACAGAGGACUUUGGAAUGGAGCUCACAAGUCAAUCAUACAUCUACAAUAAAAAAGGUGAACAUAGGUUCUGACUAAUGCUGCUUUUGGAGCUACCUCAGAUAUAUAAAAGAAGGGUGAACCAUUUUGUCAUUGGUGUAACACUCAGGGAUAGAAUUGUUUAUACUCAGGGAUUUUCACCAUGCAAUAUUGAAUCUCAAUAACAGAAGUGACCUCAAUGUAUCUGACUUUUGAUUAUACUUUUCUACAUGCUUUGAUAAUGCUGACAAGAGAAUGUGACAUUUUGACUGACAAAGAGCAGAGGCUGUGGAGACAAUACUCUGUAACGAAUGUGUAUUUCAGGGAUAUUUAUUGUGAGGUUCAGGGUCUGGAAGAGAGCUGGGGUGUGUUUACAAUCGACUGACCUCACCACCUGGGGCCAAAUGAAUGUUACAUUGGCAUGGCUUGCCAGUGAUUUCUUGUUUGUUUUAUCCCUGUUGAGUUAUAGAUUGUGAUUAUUUUAAAACAAUAGGUGUUAAUUUCAUUGAUUAUUUGCAAACUACACUCUGAAUUCAACUGCUACUCAUGCCUGUGCUAAUAAUGUUUGCCGUUUUCUAAGAGUUUAUUCUUUUGAUGAAAUCCAUGUAUAAUUCACUACAAUGUUGCCUCAUUGCCUCCUCAGCUGCCAGACAUGUUUAGAAAGAAGAGGUGCAUGCAGAUCUAGCCUUACUAGUCUUUAAAAAGAAGCUAGCAGACUUUCUUAUACAUUUAAUAUAUACCUUAUAUGUUAACCUAUAAGAAGAAUAUUUAUUACUGUGGCUUCUCCUCAAAUACCCUUUCCGUUACAUUGAUUUUAUUGUACACAUUCUUCCUCUUCUCCCAUUAUUUAUGAAAUGUUUAAUUUACAGACUAUGAUCAUUCUAAUUCUAUGCACAAUUUUGUUAGACGAAAACGCGUGUUGGGAACUUUGUAUGCUUAUCAGUGCAAGUCUGCACUAAUCGUGGAGCUUAUGCUUAUUUUACUGUUGCUUAUUUGUUUUGAACAAUUUUUUUUUACAUUUUUUUUAUCUUUAUUUUUUAUAAAUUACUGUUUUAACAUAGCUGUAACGUAUGAUAUUUGUCAAUUAACCACAAACCUGAAAAUCAGGGAGAGACACAAGACUGUAAGAUGUUUAUGUUGGAAAAAAUGACAAUUCCAGAAUCACACUCUUAUUAAACUGUAACAUUAACAAUCAUGUUAUGUAACAUUAUGUUUAUAUUCAUUUUUUAAAUUAAUUUCUUUAGAAUAUAUGACUGCCAACAAUCAUGCUAUUAUUAUAACACAUUUUGUUUCAAAAUAUAUAGUUAUUAUAUAUUCUAUAUAAUUGUUAUAAUAUUAAUAAUAAUUAGGUUUUUUUCCUCCCACUCUCCAGGCCAUAUUUUAAGGUUAUUUAAAGGUAUGAGGAAACUUGUGUAUUUGCACAAAGAUGGAGCACCGUUUAAGCACAUCUGCCGCUGUUGGAUGUUUUUUUCCAUUUGUAUUACAACUUUCUGCCUUAUGAUGGAAUUCGAUACUAUUUUGGCAUUUAUUAUUUUUGUUGUUCCGUUCCUGUAAUUCUGUUCAAUGCUUUUCUCACGGUUCAAAUGAUUCAGGAAAAUAAAACUGUUUUAGAGAGUUUAUUGCCAUGAAGUUAAGCUUUUGGUUUUGUAUUUUAUAUAUUAAUAUGUAUUUUGUAAUUAUUUUAUUUCUAUCAUAGUCUAUAAUUUGCCCUGUUUGGGCUAAUUUGGUAAAUACUUUUCUGGCAAUUAAAUUUAUAUUCUUUAAAAACUUUCUUUCUGAAUAUUGGUUUAAAAAAAAAAAAAAAAAAAAACUCUUAGGCUGAGUUUCCAAUGAAGGAGUUUGUUAUAUUGACUAUUGAAUCUCAAGUAUGCACUGCAGGAUUGCUGUGGCUUAAACUAUUUUAGGAAACCUGUUUAUACUUGCUUAAUAAAUUCAAUUUUAUAAAAACAA